CCAGCGCUUGGGCGGGCAGGACGUGCGGCGGCCGCUGCCUCACGGAGCGCUGCUACCGGCGGGCGGGGGCCUCGCCCCUCUCUCGCCGCCGCGGGCAGGGGGGAUGGCGUAAGGCGCGGCAGCUAUGCGGCGGCUCGGCUGCCAGAGGCCGCUGAGCUCCGCCCCCGGCAGCGGCGGGCGGGGGUGGGGCCUGGGCGGCUCGGGGCGGGUCCCGCAGAGCGGCGGCUGGCGCGGCCGGUUCCGGGCUGGCUGCAGGGACGCGAGCGCUGCGGUGCUGCCGGGCAUGAGGAUGCCGGUGGGUGCAGCCGCGGGGGAAGAAGGGGCCGCGCAGAGCCCCGGCCCCGCCGCCGUCUCCCUGGGCUUGAGCGUGGCGGUGGUCUCCAGCCUGGUGAACGGUUCCACCUUCGUGCUGCAGAAGAAAGGGAUCGUGCGGGCGAGAGGACGAGGUACUUCAUAUUUAACAGAUAUAGUAUGGUGGUCUGGUACUAUUGCAAUGGCACUUGGUCAAAUUGGGAAUUUCUUGGCCUACACUGCAGUUCCAACUGUGUUAGUGACUCCUCUAGGAGCUCUUGGCGUUCCAUUUGGGUCCAUUUUAGCUUCUUACUUACUGAAAGAAAAACUCAACAUUCUCGGCAAGUUGGGAUGUCUGCUGAGCUGUGCUGGGUCUGUUGUUCUCAUAAUCCAUUCCCCAAAAUCUGAGAGUGUAACGACUCAGGCUGAGCUUGAAGAGAAGCUUACAAAUCCAGUGUUUGUGGGCUACCUCUGCAUAGUACUUCUCAUGCUUCUCCUGCUUAUCUUCUGGAUAGCACCAGCUCAUGGACCCACUAAUAUUAUGGUUUACAUCAGUAUUUGCUCGCUGUUGGGCAGUUUCACAGUGCCCAGCACAAAAGGCAUUGGGCUGGCUGCUCAAGAUAUCUUCCACAAUAAUCCAUCAAGUCAAAGAGCCUUGUACCUCUGUUUGGUUCUUCUGGCAGUGUUAGGAUGUAGCAUCAUCAUUCAGUUCAAGUAUAUCAAUAAGGCACUGGAAUGUUUUGACUCAUCUGUGUUUGGUGCCAUCUACUACGUCGUGUUCACCACUUUAGUCCUGCUGGCCUCAGCCAUCCUUUUUAGGGAGUGGAGUAAUGUGGGAGUGGUAGAUUUCUUGGGGAUGGCUUGUGGAUUCAUCACUGUAUCUAUUGGAAUUGUUCUUAUACAAGUCUUCAAGGAGUUCAACUUCAAUAUUGGGGAUUUGAAUAAACCUAAUGUGAAGACAGAUUAAAAA